AUGACAUCUUUCUACGCGCCGCCGGUGACAGAUCCGGCAGGGACAGACGUCCGCACUAAUGCCGUCUACGCUGUGGGACGGCUUCGCGAGAAGUUUCCCGAACGCAUCUCUGCCUCCGAUCUGAUCACCUUCGUUCUCCCCGUCCAGAGACGCGACGACACGACGAUCCAGCAUUUCCUGGCCGUGCUCAACGCCAACUCCAAAGUCACGUAUGACCAGGAGACAGACAGCUUCCUAUUCAAACCGGAGCACAACAUCACCGAUGCUGACUCCCUGCUCAAGUUCCUGCAGCAGCAAGAGACGGCCAUGGGGAUUCAGGUGUCGAAAUUAAAGGACGGCUGGGCCGACGUCGAAGACGCCGUCGACAAACUCGAGGCCGAGCACCGCUUGCUGGUGACGCGCAACAAGAAGGACGCUCACCCGCGCAUGGUCUGGCUCGACGACCCCACGCUCCAUGCGCCGCUCGACCAAGAAUUCAAGGACCUCUGGAACCAGAUCCCGUUGCCGAGCGUCGAGGACACAAUCAAAGAGCUUCGUAAGAUGAACCACAAGUCUACGGGUGAACCGGCGCGGACGGAUCUGGCUGUGAAACCUAAGAAGGAGAAGCGGAAAGUCCGCAGAGGACAGAAGAUCACGAACGUGCACAUGCAGGGUCUGUUUAGGGAUUACUCGGAAAAGAAGCCGGAGGUCAAGAAGUAA